AUGCGGAGACUACUUCAAAAGCAAGGCAUACAACAUAGGGGAGGAGUUCCAUAUCACCCUCAAACUACCGGGCAAGUUGAGAAUGCAAAUAGAGAUAUCAAGGCUAUAUUGGAAAAGACAGUGGCUCGGCAUAGAAAGGAUUGGGCUGACAAGCUUAGCGACGCUUUAUGGGCUUUUCGGACUGCAUAUAAGACACCAAUAGGGACUACUCCAUACAGAUUGGUAUAUGGCAAAACAUGUCACCUUCCGGUUGAGAUCGAACAUAAGGCGUAUUGGGCCAUUAAAAAGCUGAAUGAAGAUCUAACCAUAACUGGACAGGAGAAGAUGUUUCAACUGAAUGAAUUGGAAGAAUGUCGUUUUCUUGCCUAUGAGACAUCCAGAUCUUACAUGGAACGAUCAAAGUUUUACCAUGACAUGCACAUCAAGAAGAGCAAAGAAUUCAUGCAUCCCGAGAAAGGAACUUUCAUAGUCAACGGCCAUCAAGUCAAGAAAUACUAUGGGAUGGAGAAUGCGUAG